AUGAACAGUGGAAACGAGUACGCCAGAGUGAGUCCUGGCGCUACGAGUGCCCCAGACGCACAAAGUGGACUUGGCGUGACGACUGCUGGUAGCGAGGUAACCAUAAAGGCGUGGAAGCAGACGGCAGGCGAGCGCUGCGCCGUGGGAAACGCGCUCGUGGCUGCCCACGAGCCGCACUGCCCGGUCUGCCCCGAGCCGACGAACAAAAUUGUGCCUCGUCGGAAGAUGGUACCCAGCUCGAUGGCUGUGCAGCCGCAGCCUUUUCCGCACCAAGUCGGGGGUCACGGUGCGCUGGCACUCCACGGCGCUGGGCUGGUCAAAAAACCCCUGGUAGAGCGAGAGCUGGCCUUUUACGAGUACGUUUGGGGUGAUCUAGUCGACAUAUUUGAGAGACUGGAUGACACGAGUGAAGACGGGCUGAAUUUGCGCAGGAAGCUGGUGGCCCCACACAGCCCACGAAAACUCGAACGACUGCUAUCGUCAGAGACGCGGGGGCGUGCGCUCGCAAACUUGCGCGACAGGCUUCAGUACCGCCGAAUGAAAGCGGAGCGUCGCUGCGCUUUAUGUCGACAAAACGCACCGGUUGGUUGUGGCUCGAGCGCUGGCACCAACAAGCUCUGUACGAUGCAGUUCUCUGACCUGGUGGUUCAGACGCUGCGCGAGUUCACCGCCCGCUACUAUGGUAUCGUUUCCCUCUACCGAGUACGCGGCGAAUGGAGGUACACCCGCGAGCUCCCAUCAUCUAGUGCUAUCGAACUCGAAGCCAAUGACUCGAGUGACUCGGCGAUAACAGGCCUGCCUGAUGCCGCGGAGCGACGUUCUCCAGCCUCCUCCGAAGACACCAGUUCGGGACUCGUAGAGCUGUGGCAUGCGGAAAACGGCAAGGCCCUGGACGUGAACCCGUGGGCGCGAGUCUGCUUCGAGCGCUCGUUUGCGUCCUAUGCCUCGCACCGUGGGACACGGAGUCCUCGCGUCGGCACGACCCCCGGGGCUGACGCGAACCACAUGGACCCUGACCGAGGCGUCGUAGUGGAAACCGGCGUCACGAGCUCGGACCCAGACGAUGCCGUGCAACAUGAUUUUUUAGUGCUCGAGGAUCUGACGUUUCCUUUUCGUUACCCGUCAGUUCUGGACGUUAAGGUUGGUACGCGGGACUAUGACGACGAGGCAACCGAGGAGAAACGCCGUCGGCACAUCGAAAAAUGCCGGAUGACGACGAGCGCUCGCUAUGGCGUGCGGUUAACCGGUAUGCAAGUAUUCCAGCCAGAGCGACGCACCUACCUUUGCCAUGAUAAGUACCAUGGCCGUCGCUUAAAGGAUGAAGAGCAGCUGCAGGAGGAGCUGCAGCAGUACCUCGACAACGGCCAACGGAGUCGCGUUGCUGCCCUGCGCGCCGUUCAGGUUGCGAACGCCUUUCGACAACGCCUGGAAAUACUGCGUGAUUUCGUCGCCAGACAGGAAGAAUGGCGGUUCUACAGCUCGAGCCUUUUAUUUAUCUACGAAGGAGACAGCGUUGAGGCACAAGACGCUCCUGUGCAGCCUGCAAGCGACGCGAACGCUGCGACUGCCUCCGAAGUGGCGUCCGCGUGCGCUGCCCGGAACGGCAGCAAAAGCGGAAACGCUACCUCCGUUUGCCUGAAAAUGAUUGACUUUGCCCAUACCCAGCGGAGCAACUGCGAUGAUGGCCCAAACGAUGACGGCUAUUUGCUCGGUAUCGAAACCAUGAUUCGUUUAUUUUUCAACGCGGCGCAACGAUUCGCCGAGCGCGGAAACCAGUGGCAUCCGUAA